GAGAUUGUCGAAGAAGACCCCAGCUACCUGAAAUGGAUUCUGGGGCAGACGGAGGAUCCCGACUCUUCCAGCCGAUUGUUGGAAGUGGCAGAGUACGUUCGGGAGUAUUUCCCAGAGGUCGAAGAUUCUGCAGUGGUCGGCUUCGGCAAGUACAAGGGCAUGUCUGUUUCGGAGCUGGUGCAGGCAGAUCCGGACUACUGCUCUUGGAUUCUGGCCACUGCCGCAAAGGAGGACUCAGGGAACCCCGGAUUUCGGGAGGUCGCAGACUGGCUCAAGGACAACCAUCCAGAACUGCAGGCCCCCAAGGACAUCUGA